AUGCAUUUACUCAGGCUGUGCGCUUUGGCGCUCGCAGCUGAAUGCGCCUAUGGCUACCUCGACACCACACCUUUCUUCAUGUUCUCUACCUCUGAACUGCUCCUCUCCAUCUCCCCUCUUCAACCCGCUCCUGUUAUCGUCGCGGACGUCGUUCUCUCCCUCUCCCAAUGUCCCUCCGACUUCUACAUCCUCGUUUCCCAGCAGGGCGUCAGCGGCCGAGACUACGAAUGCAAAAAGAAUACACCUGUCCUGGCGAAGGCAUUAUCGGACGCACAAUUCAGGCCCGGCAUUCGAAGUAGCUUCACUAUUGCAGAUGUCUACGGUGACAUCGACCCCUCCAGCUGGACUGAGGUUCUUGAGACAAAAUGUGGCGUAAAAAUCACCGAGAUCGAUGCUUCAAAGGACUCCGUUCCAACAACACUUACUCCUGCCCCUCGAUUGGUCAAAGUCACACUGCCUGCUCCAUCGUCGGAGUCAAGGGCCAAGGACCUCGCUGCCAACGACGCUUUCUUCGCAUCGAUCCUUGACGCACUUUCCCCGCAUAACUACACGGUGCUUUACACGACAACACGGGCCCAUGAAGGCUGGUUUGUCGCUACCGAGUUUGAAGAAUCUGAAUAUGACAUGGAGUCACCGAUCCAGGAGGCUCUGCACAUGGAUUUGAAAAGAGAUCUAGGUGUGCGUGCCGUAAACCAGACAGGCAAUCAAACCAUAAUUGAUGGUCCAUUAUUUGACAAGUAUCAGUUCUUCACGCCCGGUAUUUUCAUGGGAUUCCUUGUUGGUAUCCUGCUCCUGUCGAUUCUUUACGUCGGCAUUUCUGCCGUCGCCUCCCUCCAAGUCACGUAUGCGGCUUUCGAUAAGGACACUGGUCCGCUUGCGGGCAAGAAACAGCAAUAA